GCUCGAGGCAGGAAGCGAUGCUCCGUGUCGUCGGAUUCAGCCUUGGAUGAAUUGCUUCGCGUCGUCGAAGAUUUUUAAGUACGAAUAAGUUGGACUUGAUUUGUUCUUUUUUUUUUUUUUUUAAUUAAAAAAAAAAAAAAAAGUCUUCUGAAAUUUGGAGUGUUUCAUGCCAGGUGGAAGAAGACCGACCUACCUCGUUGGCUGUGCCCGCCACCCGAACUCUUUACCCGGCGUUAGCUGUGAUGCGUGAGUGGCGCUUUUUGGUGGGCUGAAGGCAUCGAGAAAGCGGCCCCAAGUCACGCGGGGAGGGGUGGGGGAUCCGGGAGCAUGGCUCCGGUGCCGCUGUCCCUCUGGCUGCUAACUACUCUCACCUGGGCCAACCUGCUCCAGGUGUCCGCCAACAGGCACUCCAUAUACUGGAACAGCUCCAACAUCCAUCUGCGCCGUGAGGGCUACACCAUGCAGGUGAAUGUCAACGACUACCUGGAUAUCUACUGUCCCCACUACAACGACAGCCAGCGCAUGGUGGGCACCAGCGAGCAGUACGUGCUCUACAUGGUCAGUUACCGUGGUUACAGGAGCUGUGACCCCCAGAUGGGCUUCAAGAGGUGGGAGUGCAACCGGCCCCACGCCCCCCACGCACCCAUCAAGUUCUCAGAGAAGUUCCAACGCUACAGCGCCUUCUCGCUGGGCUACGAGUUCCACGUCGGACAGGAGUAUUACUACAUAUCCACACCCACCCAUCACCAUGGCCGCAGCUGCCUGAGACUACGCGUGUACGUCUGUUGCGCCACGGCCUCCGAUGUGGAUGAUGAGGCAGAACCAACAGAGGCAGACUACACGUUUACACCAGGCCUAAACAUUGACGACAACGACGAAUUCAACCCUUCCGUUCCCAAGUUGGAGAAGAGUGUAAGCGGAAGCAGCCCGAGCAGGGACCGCCUGCUGCUCACCAUCGCCAUGCUGCUGCUGCUCCUUGUCUCCUAGCAACGGCCAUCACAUCAGCGUCACCAUGCCGACUAGCCUUUUGGAGGGUGUGUGCUAUCAGCGGACGGGACAUUGAGGAUGCUGUGUGUGUGUGCGUGUGUGUGUGUGUUAAAUGUGUGUGUGUGAGCUGAUUGAAUCUUGCAAGCCACAUGACGCAUUUAUAAAAGUGGCAACAUUAGACCCAAGUCGUAGAAAAGAGAAAAAAAAAAAAUUAAAUCGCAUUUCCAGGACUUUCUUCUGGAUCUGAUUGGCUGCUUCACUUCCUGUGGGUUCUUUGCUAAAGUAGACGUGUUGAACUCAAGGCCACGUCAUCAGUGAUUUUUUCCCCAUCCUUUCGGGACUUGUUUUGCAAGAAGAAGAUCACGUCAGCAAACACAAGGUGGCGACUCUCGUUUUGUCAUCGCCACCCUGCUUUUGACUUCAAGCGUCCGUCUGCAGUGGAGAAGUCUGAAGCCUUUUAAAGCAUUUCAACGGCAGAGAUGAAAGCACACGGUAGCUGCCGGAGCAUUCCAUUUGCAUGUGCACACUCAGCAAUACUGCCCCCUCUUGGUGGGAGGAGGAGGAUGUGCGGAAAAGGGGGCCCUUGUUGGCGUCGCCGUGCUCUGCCAAUCUCAUUGUGCAGUUCUUUGUUAUGUACCGUGUGUGUGUGUGUGUGUGUGUGUGUGUGUGUGUGUGUGUGUGAGUGUGUG